GCCGGGGGCGGGCGCUUCCUUCGCUCGGGGCCCGUCACGUCGGCGCGGCCUGAGCCGGGGAGAGGCGGAACCGGCACCGGGACCGCCGGGAUCGGGAUCGCCGGGACCGCCGGGAUUGCCGGGAUCGGCAUCGCCGGGAGACCAUGUUCCGCCGCAAGCUCUCGGCGCUCGACUACCACAACCCGGCCGGGUUCAACUGCAGGGAUGAAACAGAAUUCAGGAAUUUUAUUGUCUGGCUGGAAGACCAGAAAAUCAGACACUACAAGAUUGAAGACCGAGGGAAUUUGAGGAACAUCCACAGUGAUGACUGGCCCAAAUCCUUUGAGAAGUACAUGAAGGACGUGAACUGUCCCUUCAAAAUUCAGGAACGGCAGGAAACAGUGGAUUGGCUUCUUGGCUUGGCUGUUAGGCUGGAGUACGGAGAUAAUGCUGAUAAAUACAAGGAUUCUACCCCUGAUGGUGCUAAAAACACUGACAACACAGCCAAAAAUGCAGAGCCACUGAUUAACCUGGAUGUGAAUAAUCCCGACUUCAAGGCUGGAGUGAUGGCCUUGGCUAAUCUGCUCCAGAUUCAGCGACACGAUGAUUAUUUGGUGAUGCUCAAGGCAAUUCGCAUUUUGGUUCAGGAGCGUUUGACACAGGACGCCAUCGCCAAGGCCAGUCAGUCCAAGGAGGGUCUGCCUGUUGCUCUGGAAAAGCACAUUCUUGGAUUUGACACGGGAGAUGCCGUUAUCAACGAGGCUGCCCAGAUCCUCCGGCUGCUGCACAUAGAGGAGCUCCGGGAGCUGCAGACCAAGAUCAACGAAGCCAUUGUAGCUGUCCAGGCCAUUAUUGCCGAUCCCAAGACUGACCACAGACUGGGGAAAGUUGGGAGAUGAAGGGAUAAAGGCUUUCUAGCCCUGUGUGUGCUUAGUGCAAGUAGGAACCACGUACAGCCCCGUUACUCCGGCAUGCGGCUUGAAACGGGAUCGUUUCGCUGUUUGGAAAGAAAACAGGAAACCAAAUUCUGACUCCUGAUGAAUUGUCUUUUUUCUUUUUUUCUUUAAAUAAAUGAGAUGGGGGAAAACAGACAAAUUGUUCUGGUUA